AAAGAAGUGAGAGAGAGAGAGCCAUCUAUCUUAUCUGCUAUCGAGUGGGUAAGAAGAAUCAGAAAACAGAAGAAAAAAAUGGCGAAUUCACUAUGCUUCUUCUCUUCUCCUCCUACCGUUUGCUUCCAAUCUCCCAGCAAAAACUCUAAGCCUACUCACUUCUUCUCAACUAAUGAUAAGACCUCGUCCUUGGUUCAGAAGACUGAGCUGCUUCACACUUCCACCAAAUCCCAAAGCUUUGAGAUUAAGGCUACAGACAGUAGUGGCACUAAAGUAAACAGUAUACUUUGUUCAAAUUGUGAAGGGAACGGGUGUGUGGCUUGUUCUCAAUGCAAAGGAGGUGGUGUGAAUUUGAUUGAUCAUUUCAAUGGACAGUUUAAAGCUGGUGCACUCUGCUGGCUUUGCAGAGGUAAAAAGGAGGUGUUGUGUGGUGACUGCAAUGGAGCUGGUUUCCUUGGUGGGUUCUUGAGCACCUUCGAUGAGUAGUUCAACCAAGAGGACUGGAUUUGAUUACAUGGGAUUUUGUGGUAUAAAACCUUAGAAGAUGUGUAAUCUUUCUCUCUCUGUCAAUGCUCUUCUAAACCACCAUGUAUUACUAUUUGUUAUUUGCAUACCAAACUCGCUGUUUUUCAGUUUUUUUCUUCUUCAAAAAAUUAAAUAUUGUUAAAGUUUACACUAUAGCACCUCUAUAGUAGUCUUGUUGAUGAUA